UGAUGUACCUAGGUACAGUUUUAAUUGCAACAUGCCUCUGACAAUGCUAAACCAAAACAUGGACCAUAUUACUGAGAUGGAGAAUACGGAAACAUUGCUAUUAUGCUUGGAAACAAUGUCAAACAUUCUUUCUUAAUUUAUUUUUAAUCAUGAUAUUGCAUUGCACGUGUAAUCUAACUAGUAUAUAUAUAUAUCUAACUAGUAUAUCUAUCUAACAUGGCCUCCCCUGAAAUCAACAACGAAUACUCAUCAAACCCGUCCCUCCCUUUCGACAUGGUCUCCGACAUCCUCCUCCUCCUCCCCGUGAAGACCCUCUCGCGCCUCAAGCUGGUGUCCAAAUCGUGGCUCUCCCUCAUCUCCAGCCCCUCCUUCAGGUCGUCCCACCGCCGAUCCGAACGGAACCCUCUCCUCCUCGUGGCGACCUCCGAAAGCGACGGUGGGGGACACCACUUUCACGUGCUAGACUACUACAAGAAGCGAGGAGGAGGAGGGAAAGCCCUACUAGACCGUGAAACCACCACAGGCUACUACUCACCGAGGGUGUCGUCGUGGUUCCACAGGAGGCUCGUCUUCUCCUGCGGCCUCGACCUCGUCUGCAUGUACGAUCCCGAUGACUUCUACAUCCGAAACCCUGCGACCAGGGAGCAGAUCACUUUGCCCAGGAAAUCUUCGGGGUUUCCUGGGCACGGCGGCCACGCGGUUGCAUUCGCUUACCUUCCUUCUACAGGGGAAUACAAGGUGCUCCGUGUGUUCGGUGUGUCUCCUUUCUUAAGUCUCCAGCACCCAAUUAGAAGAAGUGAGGUCUUCACACUUGGGUCAGGGAGAUGGAGGGAGAAGGAGGGCCCCUCCUUUUGGGUUCACGAUGAUAACUCGGCCGUCGUCGACGAAGCCGUGCAUUUCCUGCCAGGUAUUUUUACAUGGCGGCUGGCUGUCGGUGACCUGCACCACGAUGACGACGAGGCAAUAGCCCGGUUUGAUCUCAAGAAGGAGAAAUGGUCAAAGCUACCGCUGCCCGGCAUAAGACAUUUCUCACGGGACUCUCGUGACGAGGCGUGGGACUUUCGCCUGACGCGGCUGGGCGGAUCGCUGUGCAUGGAGUGCUCGGGGCGAUCGAGGGUCGAUCUGUGGCUGCUGGAGGAGGGCCGUAACAGCUGCGCGUCGUGGGUGAAGGCGUACAGCAUCGAUCGCUGCUGCUAUCCUCAUCAGUUGGAAGAGCGCUGUUGGAGAGGUCCGACGGCAAGCUGCAGGUCUACAACCCAGCGGAAAAACGAGUUGAAGCGACGAUCUUUAGUGGGGAGAGCAACUUCGGGGUCAGCUUCUACGUAG